CUGCACCCAUGCACACACCACACAAAUAAUAACCAAAAAAAAAAAAACAAAACAAAAAACAUAGCAAUUCUGAAGGAAAUGCUCAGAAGCAGCACUUUAACACACAGUGUUACAGUCACCUGUGUUCGUCAAAGUCACAGACAAUGGCACCAAUCAAUUCCCGCGAACUAUAGAGUCUGUGACGCUGCUCGUAACACUCUGUUAUCGAACUCCGCGAUCUUCAAGUGGAAGACAAAAUCGAAUACUAAACGUAACAGCUCUGGAAUGGGAACCUUCACCACGCGCGCCUUGGCGCAGCCGCUGAAGAACGCCGACGAACUCAUCGAUUCCGUCGAGACGUUUAUCUUCGACUGUGACGGAGUUAUAUGGAAAGGGGACAAAUUAAUAGGAGGAGUUCCCGAAACACUUGACUUGCUCCGGUCAAAGGGAAAAAGACUAGUUUUUGUCACCAACAACUCAACCAAGUCUAGGAAGCAAUAUGGAAAGAAAUUUGAAACCCUUGGCCUGAAUGUCGGCGAGGAGGAGAUUUUUGCGUCAUCCUUUGCUGCUGCUGCAUAUUUGAAGUCCAUUGAUUUCCCAAAAGAUAAAAAGGUUUAUGUCAUUGGAGAAGAGGGAAUCUUGAAAGAGCUUGAGCUUGCUGGAUAUCAGUACCUUGGUGGGCCGGAAGAUGGCGGGAAAAAGAUUGAACUGAAGCCAGGUUUUUUGAUGGAGCACGAUGAAGAUGUUGGAGCAGUUGUUGUUGGGUUUGAUCGCUACUUCAACUACUAUAAAAUCCAGUAUGGAACACUCUGCAUACGUGAAAACCCUGGAUGCCUUUUCAUUGCUACAAAUCGUGACGCUGUUACUCAUCUCACAGAUGCUCAAGAAUGGGCCGGUGGGGGGUCAAUGGUUGGCGCCCUCAGUGGAUCUACUCAACGUGAGCCACUAGUCGUUGGAAAACCCUCAACGUUUAUGAUGGAUUACUUAGCAAACGAAUUUGGCAUUUCGAAGUCACAGAUAUGCAUGGUUGGGGACAGAUUAGACACUGAUAUCUUAUUUGGGCAAAAUGGUGGUUGCAAAACUCUUCUUGUGCUCUCAGGAGUCACCACACUGCCCAUGCUCCAGAGCCCUAACAACGCCAUACAACCAGAUUUUUAUACCAACAAAAUUUCAGAUUUUCUUACUCUGAACGCUGCAGCUGUAUGACCAAACACUUUACAUUUAUAAUUUAUAAAUGUAUCAUCCCCCAAUUGAAGGUGGGGAAGGAAAGUCGUGUAUUUUAUUUAAGAAGUAAAUAGUAAUUAGAAAAUGUUCCUUUAUUAUUAUCUUUUUCCACUAAAGAGAAUUAUGUACAAGAUUAUGAAAUGAGUAGUUUGAUUAUCUGUUAAUAUAAAUAUUGAUUAUGUA